AUGGAGGUUCUUCACUCCUUGUCUGCUGUAAGGAUGUGGUCUCCUCUCUACAAAGCUUCAAUUAACCACCUCAAAGAAGAUGCUGCGAAUCGUCAGACUUUCUUGUUUUAUGGAGAUGAUGAGAACAGGGACACAUUUAGGUUCUUAGUUGAAGAUGACGACAUGGAUUUGAUACUAGAUGAGGAGAAACACAUGUUUGCUCUUUUAGAUGAAACGUAUGGAGUAGCAGAAACAAAUACUAACAAACAGUUAGUGAGGACAAACCGAGGUGGAGGUUGGCGUCGAGUGCAACGCUUCAUGAACGAUUCCGAGGUACAGUGCUAUGAGAUUCUUCGCAUGAACCAAGCAACGUUUAAUAGCUUAUGUAAGAUACUAUCAGAGAAGUAUCAGCUAGAAGAGACUUGCCAUGUUUACUUAGAGGAGAGUGUAGCAAUGUUUUUAGAGAUGGCUGGACAAGAUUUAUCCGUACGGGCUUUAGCUGAGAGAUAUCAACAUUCAUCUGACACAGUGAAUAGGAAGAUAGAUGAGGUUUUAAGUUCUUUGUUGAAACUUGCAGCAGACAUUGUGAAACCUGAAAGGGAUGAGUUUGCAAGUGCUAGUCCUAUUCUAGUAGAUGAUCCGCGAUAUUACCCUUUUUUUAAGGUUUGCAUAGGUGCUUUAGAUGGAACUCAUGUGCCGGUUCGUCCUCCUUCUGGGAAUGUCGAUCCAUUCAGAGGUAGAAAAGGAGAACCAACUAUGAAUGUCUUAGCUAUAUGUAAUUUCAGCAUGAAAUUCAUAUAUGCUUAUGUUGGGGUUCCUGGGAGAGCACAUGAUACAAAAGUGUUGACAUAUUGUGCUAAGGAAGAAGCUUCUUUUCCUCAUCCUCCAGUUGGAAAGUAUUAUCUAGUAGACUCUGGAUACCCAACUAGAACUGGUUAUUUAGGACCUCACCGUAGAGCUAGAUAUCACCUGGAUCAGUUUGUUAGAGGAGGACCACCGACAAACAGCAGAGAGUUAUUCAACCGAAAACAUUCUGGCUUGCGUUCGGUAAUUGAAAGGACAUUUGGAAUAUGGAAGGCUAAGUGGAGGAUUCUUGAUAGGAAGCACCCUAAGUAUGAGCUGAAUAAAUGGGUGAAGAUUGUGACAGCAACAAUGGCUCUCCACAAUUUUAUAAGAGAUUCAAACCAUGAAGAUUGUGAUUUUGCACAUUGGGAAAGAGUGGAAGAAUAUGAACAUCAUGGGGAUGAAGAUGAUCAUGUUGCAUACGUACCAGCUGGAGAUACAGUCAUGGAAGCUAUACGAGAUUCCAUUACUGAAGAGAUGGUGAGAGGACGUCGACUACCAUACUAG